GUCUCAAAAAUCAAAAUGUCUAUUAAAAGUGACAGUGUAAAAUUAACACUAUUAGUUCUAAUUAAUUUCGUAAUAAGAAACAAUUGUGAUGUUGAUAUAAGUGAAAAUGUAGACGAAGGUAUAAAAUCAGUCGAUCACGUGACGAGAGACGAAACGAGGUUCGACUACGACGAAUAUCCAAACGUAGACAGAGACUACGAAAAAAAAUUAACAGAUACGGAAGAAUCGAAAGAAUCCAAAGACAACGAAUCCGUUUCCAAAGAAUACAACGAAAGAGUAACAACGGACAACACACCGACGACAUUGACAGAAGAAUCACACGGAGACGUUGAAGUUAGAGAAGAAUAUGACGCUGUCGACGGUGAAAAUCGAGAAGAACACAACGAUCAAUUAAGAACUACGUAUCAGGAUGUCACGGAAACCGCUACUAGCUAUUCACCUGUAUCAGACAGUAACGUCUAUAGAGAGACUCUUCUAGAAGAUUUUAACAAUUUAAAAGGAUUUAAUUCACAGGUGGAAACAACGUCACAGGCGACAACGCGGUCUAUGGAAAGCGUCGAAGACACGUCUCCGGUUGAUGAGGAUUACGAAAACAGCGGUGCGAGGAACCCCAAAACUGAAUCUGACAAGCAACCAGUUGACAAGAGACUGUACGAGAAGACCCGUCCAGUACCAGCCCUGAGCAAGAGUUCGACAUUGAAAUCAUGGCUGGAGGAUUCUUGGUUGCGACCUCCCGCUGGGAUCCUGGUGCCAUUACGACCCCUGGCUCUGAACAGGGCUUUAGGGGUCUGGAACGACUUGGCAGCAGAAGGGUUGAAUGUUACCGACAUCGUCAUCGUCGGUUACGAUUCAAAUGGAGUCAACUGGAGAUCCCGUCACAACCUACAGCCGACGAACUCGAACAGCGGCGAGAGAACCGUAUCGGAGGCACUAUCGAAACUACUACUGAAAUAUCAAGACGUCUAUACAGAUGGAAACAACGAUGGUACCAUGCGAGCGCUCGCUUCAGCUGCUAAAUUGGUACCAUACGACAGUGCAUUGUUCGUGGUCACGGAUAAGGGCGCGGGCGAUUCGCAGAGGCUACCGCUUGCUCUGAGGGCUUUAGUGGAAAAGAGAUUAAAGGUAUAUACCAUAUGGACAGACCCAACUCAUCCAUCGGCCGAUUCGGAGCUGGCUCUACAGGAUCUAAGAAACAUAUCCUCCCAUACAGAGGGUGAAGUUCUUCCAUACUCCUUGCAAAUAAUGAGCGAAGAGAGUUCCAGCAACCUUGCAUCAGAAACAGAUCUACAGGAAUGGGAACCAAUGACAGCACCGGGAUCGAGACGCGCCAAGUUUAUCAACCAACCGGCUAUCGACACAUUUGACAUGCUGUUGGUGAGACGAGGUAGCGAAGAAGCAAUAACCUGGGGCAUACCAGUGGAGAAUGGGGUGAUGGUGUUGAGGAUACUCAUCGAAGGUGACGUGGACCACGCCGUAUUGUAUCCACCGAGUGACGCGCCACAAAUCGACAUACACAAUCAAACAUCAAUCCAAUUGUUCUCGUCGACAUCCAAGACCGUCAGCCAGAAUCCAAGAGACGUGUUCCUCGUUUUUCCGGGAUCCACGUUGGACUUCGACGGCUUGUCAGUAUUGCCGGCGAAGUCGUCGAGUGCGGACGUGUCAGCGCUAGUCGGGAUGUGGCAUUUGAGCGUACGUUGCGUAACGUGUAACUAUCGGCUGAGUAUCAGCGCACGGACAGAUCUGCACUUCUACGUUGAGAUUGAACCAAGAGAUCUGUUAAAGCUUCGUGUGAUGGGACCAGUUGCGAGUGUCAGAGAAUCUGCUCUGAUCGAUGAAUACGGAUUGGAACUGGCCAAGCUGCCCUUCAGUUACCAGCCAGCUGCUGACUCUGAUCACGAUAAAGACCCCAUGUCAGAUAUACUAGCUGACAUCCCGAUGCCAAGCGUCACGAGUACCGAGACAUAUGUCAAGAUAUUGGGACGAGACAUAUACGGGGAACCGUUUGUCCGAGUAGCUGGACCUUUGAACCACCACGCUGAAGUGAGAAUGGGAAGAUCAGCAUCAAUUAAAUUCCCUGAAUCUAUUAACGACCUUGAAGAGGCCGAAGAGAUUAAUUCUAGUAUAUACAAUGGAAAACUUCAAUACAAUGACAGUAAUCUUCUACCAUUCGGACAGGCAACUACACAGGCAGUUAACCAAAGGGGGUCAGUUUUGACGUCAGUCCAGAUCGGUUUAAGCACGAGAAUAUACGGAGCACCCAGAGAUCGACUGCAGUUAUACUACGAAGUCACAAACUUCAGGGAACAAUCGGUCAGGUUCAACUUCGAAGCAGUUGGAGAGUUAAGAUUCUUAACCGGAUUGGAACCUAGGUCGCAAACGAUAGCUUCAGGUCAAACCGCAACUAUUAUAGUCAGUUUGACGAUCAAUCAGAAUGCUCAACCUGGAGCAAGAGACCUCAUAACGUUCACAGCUUUCGGUUUAGAUCAAGUAUCAAUAUCGACAUACGUCUACGUGACGAACCCUGGGGAGACUAUACGAGAUGUUGGUGCACCGGAAAUGAGACACAACUUCCAAGGAUCCUGUUUAGGGAGACAGGGGAGCGACUGCUCUGAGCACGUCUGGUCAGCGACCAUCAUCGCCAGAGAUCUCGUUGGAGGUCUACUCCGUCUAACAUCAUCACCACUUGGCCUGGUAUACGACAGCAAUUUCAUUUCCGGCGCUAGAGACGAGGUGAUGGCGUCAUACAGAGCGACCUGCUGCGCCCCAAGAGUUAUCGUCAACGCCGUCGAUGCAUUCGGAAAUGCUAACAGCUAUACCAUCGAUAUUUCAAAUUAUAUAAACGAAGCCGGCAUAGCAGCGAUCGCUUUGGGAGUCAUAUUGAUUAUCGUAUUACUAGUACUAAUAAUCUUCCUUACAUACUGGUGCGUCAAACGCCGGAAGGAGUCCAGAGAACUACCUACAUAUACGACAUCUAGAAAUAUCAAUUAAAAA